ACAAUCCUGCGUUAAUCUUGUUCCAGGACUUUCGAGUUUCAGGGAUAAGAGCUGGUAGAGUAAGGUAACGCAGUGAGACACAUCAGAAUAUUACCCAAAGCAAGGCGUGUAUGUGGUUGUCAGUUUGACUUGAACAACAAUAACUGCGUCUGUAAUACAGCAAUGAAAAUGGAAUUCAAUGCCAUCAUAGAAACGAUGCAAACAGGAGACCAAGAUGCCGCAUUGAAGGCACUGCAGGCUUACAAUAAGGAGAAAAGCCAGUGUUUCACAUUUGAAGCAGAUGAGUGCGAAGAAAGACAGGAAGAGAACCUGGAAGAGAGGCUGGGGGAGCUGGUGUUGGGGUUCCUGGAACGGGACCUGCAGCCCUCCUGCCAGCUGGCGUGCCUGGAGACCAUUCGGAUUCUGUCGCGCGACAAGAACUGCCUGGGGCCCUUCACCACGCGGAAGGCCGUCCAGACGCUGAGCCGGCACGCAGGUAUAGAGCACAGCGAGGGCGUGACCCCCGAGAUCCCGGACCUGGACGUGAUUGUGGAGGCCCUGAAAUGUUUGUGCAACAUCGUGUUCAACAGCCCCACCGCGCAGGAAGUGGGCGCGGAGCUGCGCCUUAUCGUGGGCCUGACCGAGCGCCUCAAGCUCUGCCACGACCGGCAGUGGACCCACGAGGUGCGCUUCUUCGACCUGCGGCUCACCUUCCUGCUCACGGCGCUGCGGGUGGACGUGCGCGGGCAGCUGGCCCACGAGCUGAGAGGCGUCAGCUUGCUGGCCGACGCGCUGGAGAGCACCCUGGGCCUGCGCUGGUUGGACACCUUUGAGGUGGCGCGGGCCGAUGGGAGCGAUCCCGGUGUCCCCCUCCCACGCCAGGAGACGGAGCGCGCCAUGGAGAUCCUGAAGAUCUUCUUCAACAUCACCUUUGACGCCAACCGCCGCGAUGUGGAUGAGGAAGAAGCGGCGCUGUACAGACGUCUGGGAGCUAUCCUGAGGCACUGCUUGAUGAGCAAAGCAGAUGGUGAGGACAGGACAGAGGAAUUCCACAGUCACACAGUGAAUCUGCUGGGGAACCUGCCCCUGAUGUGCCUGGACGUGCUGCUUAUGCCCAAGGUCCAGCAGGGCUCCAUUGAGUACAUGGGGGUUAAUAUGGACGCCGUCAACAUGCUGCUGGACUUCAUGGAGAAGAGGCUGGAUCGGGGGCACAAGCUAAAAGAGACCCUCACCCCCUCCCUGAAUCUCCUGACAGAGAGUGCUCGCGUUCACAGAGAGACCAGGAAAUUCCUGAGGAUGAAGGUUCUCCCUCCACUGCGCGAUGUGAAGAACCGCCCAGAGGUGGGCAGCGCCCUGCGGAACAAGCUGGUGCGUCUGAUGACACACAUAGACACUGACGUCAAGCACUGCGCUGCGGAGUUACUCUUCGUGCUCUGCAAGGAGAGUGUCUCCAGGUUCGUCAAGUACACCGGCUAUGGCAACGCUGCCGGCCUGCUGGCCGCCCGGGGCCUGAUGGGGGGCGGAAGGAGCCAAGGCAGGUACUCGGAGGACGAAGACACGGACACGGAGGAGUACAAGGAAGCAAAACCCAACAUUAAUCCAGUGACAGGCCGUGUAGAGGAGAAACUACCCAACCCCAUGGAGGGAAUGACAGAUGAACAAAAAGAAUAUGAAGCAAUGAAGUUAGUCAAUAUGUUCGACAAACUCUCGAGGGAGCAGGUGAUACAGCCUAUGAGAGUGGGACCGGAUGGCAAGCUGGUGACGUUAGAAGAAGACAUGCACAGAGUGGCUGAGCAGAGGCUGUCGUCUGACUCGGACAGCGAUGACAACUAACUGGAACCACACUUGAUCAGAGUUUGCUCCAUACGAUACUGGUGCUGUGUAACACGAGCCUGAAGGGAAAAAGACUUCCUGAUUCCAGUUCAUUGAUUUUACCUUUGUUUUCUGGUGUCAUGUCUGCUGUACAUUGCAGAACCCAUUCCGGCAAGAGGAUAAACACAAGGUGUUCAUUAAAUACAGCUCACAUCGAAUGUUUCCUUAAAAGUGUAAGGAAUGGCAUGGAGUUUCCAGAAAAAAAUUCUGAGAAGUGCUGAAAUGCUCGAGUGGUACUUUGCAUUUCUGUAACAAGAACUGUGCUCUUUCCUCUACGCUUUAUAACUCUAAAAACUCCUGUUUUGGUUAUGUCAAACUUUUGAAUCUUUGGCUAGUCAUUGACUUGUUGCAAAAUACAGCUUUGUUAAGACCAUGAACUAGCAAAUGUUUCUCAAACCUUUCUCAGUUGUGCCUAGUAAGUUGUGUUUUAGGUGCUUAAUUCUUUCCUUAAGAUUAGGCUGUUCCUGAUAUGGCUGAAAGAGUAAUGUAAAAUCAAAAAUGUUUUUUCUGCAUGUCCGUUAACUAUUUUGUAGCGAUCACUCCCUCUCGCCAAUUUUGAAGAAAAAAGAAACAAAACUGUAGUUUUAGAAUCUCUUUUCACAAUUCUACCUUGUGCUCUGGCUUCACUCUAUUAUGUUGUACUGUGUCUAACAUUUAUGUUUAAGAUGUUUAAAGUAAAGAGCAAAAAAAACAACAACAAAGUAUGCUUUUUUCCCCAUCUCUGAAACAAAGGAACCUUCCUCAGCAGGCUCUGUUCACCUGUAGCACUAAAACCUUUUCACCAAAGUUUUGUAAUCUUUUGCAGUUCCGAUGCUUAAAUGGUCUUGAUGUUUUCUUGCCCUUUUCUGUUCACUAUAAGGACUUGGCACAAUCUGUGACACUCUCUCUCUUCAGUGGGUCUUGCAGGCACGCUGAAGCUGCAAUAUUGUCAUCUCCAAGAUACCUGCACGCAGUUGGUACAACCGGAGGUCCCGAAUCCUGUCUACAUUGUGACGAGCCAUGACUCUUCUCCUGAUGUACCCAAAUUACUAUGGGAAUUGGUGGCUUCAUUUAGAGCAAAAAUAGACAUCUUCAUUAAUUUAUUAAUUUGAAACAAAGUCCAAUGUGAAAUAUUGAAAUAAAUGUUUUUGAAACCCUC